AUGAAGUCAACCGAUGUAAAGGAGUCACUGAUAUCAGACAACGAAGCGACGGUCCCCUCUGGUCCGGUCGAAACCGUUGGUCAACCCGGUGGUGCUUCCGACCAACUCAUCCCAAAGAAACCAGAAGGCCUACCGGCUGAUAACUCGAAGGCGAUCAAACCAAGCCUUAAACGCGGCUCCUCCUCCGGUCUCAACACCGCUGGUGCGUGGAACGGAACCGCCUCCGCCGCCGCGAAAGGGAAAUCAAUCGUUACCGACGAAGUUGGGAAGGUUGCUUGGUUUCAGUGUACAGCUACUAUUGAUGAUGUCGUGCACGGUGCUGGGUGGUAUUAUAUAGGAUGUCGGGUGUGCCAUACCAAGGCAAUCAAAGGGCUAACAACUCUGAUGUGUAAGAAGUGUGGAAAAAAUGAAAUUCAGGGUGUGCCACUGUACCACUCGAAGCUAUCUGUGUAUGACCACAAGGAUCAAGCUGUCUUUGUAGUUCUCGGUGCUGCUGGUGAGGAGCUGACUGGGAAAAAAGCUGCAGAGUUGGUUGAUAGCUACUAUGAGGUUAACGAGAUUGAAGAAGAGGAUCACAUUGUCCCAGUGCCUCAGGCUCUAAUUGGCACCAUAGGACAAACAAAGAAAUUUGUUGUCAUGGUGUCCGCCUAUAAUCUUAGUGGCAAGUCCCAGGCUUUGACUGUGACAAAGGUUCUCCAUCUUGACACCGAAGAUCCCGAAGCCAACAUUGGAGAUGCAGCUGGGGAGGCACCUGAAAACGGAAGGGAAGAUCACGCAGAGGAGUCGGUGAAAAGGGGUGGUAAUGGGAUUGAGUGUGAAGGAGCUAAGCGUACAAAGCAUGGCUAA